GCCGAGUUACAUAAUGGACAUAUUCUUUAACUUCUCUCUAUGGAAAAUGUGAAUUCCAGAGGGCUGUCGUCAGAAUUUGAGAUAUUAAGAAACUGGAACACUCUGGGCAAAGACGUCAGACAGAUCGAGUGGCACAACUUCCACCUGAACCAUCAGGACGUUGUCAAGACGAAACUGAAGACCUUCAACAACGCCCUGGGUACUGUAGAACAGACAACAGAUGGGUUUGUGGUGGAUCUCACUCCGCCCAGGAUGGUGUUCCUAGGUGAUGGACGUGAACAGAACAAAGACACGGACUUCCAGACAUCCAGCACUACUGUUGAAGCCAACUUUCAGUUUCAAGACCUCGAGUCUGGGUUGGAUCAUUACAAAUACCAGGUGUAUGAGCUUUACCAUGGGUCAAAACAUCAGAUAUACCCAGAUUCAGAAGGUUGGGACACCUCCAGCGACCCCAGCAUCACCAGCCUCAGUCAGUCGGGCUUGAGUCUCCGGCCGGGCGCACAGUACAGUGUGAGAGUCGGGGCCGUCAACAGAGCCGGGGCCGUAGCCACCUACGACACAAACGGCGUCCUUGUUGAUAAUACUCCACCUCGGAUGAAAUGGGUCUACGUUGGCAUUUUCUCUGGCAGUGAAGAAGAGUUGAUUGACGGUCACGUUAUCCAAUCUGAUCCAAGCGGUAUCAAGGCCACCUGGUUUGCUAUGGACCAUGACAGUGGCAUCAAGUCGUACAUGGUCGCAGUUGGAACCACUAAAGGUGGAACUGAUAUCCUAAACUGGAAGGACUUUGGUUCUGACAGAGACAAAUACAUGGACGGGUUGACCUUGAAUGUGACCGACCCUGACACGAUGACCCCUGUUUACUAUGUGUCUGUAAAGGCGAGCAAUGGAGCUGAUCUGACCGGUGACGUCAUAACGUCAAACCCCAUCCGGGUCGUUGACCAGGACAAAGCGGGUAUUGUCAUCGACGGCGCCGACUCCACCGAGAGAAUUGACUUCAUGGACAUCGGUAACGACACGGACUACCAGAAAGACACGGGAGUUGUGACCGUACAGUUUGCCGGGUUUGAGAGCCACGAGCACGGUGUGACGUACUAUGACUGGGCGGUAGGGACGACACCUGGUGGCGAGGAGGUGCAACCGUUCAUCAUGGCGGGUCUUAUGCACGAAGAAGCAGAGACCAAGGUUCCUGGAAAUGGUAUCGCCAGCAUGGGUUUUGGUCAGACUGUCCUCCCGCUGUCACCCGGCACGACAUACUACACCACAGUUCGCGGCAUCACCAACGGUGGCAACAUCCUGGAAUCCACGUCAGAUGGAUUUACUGUUGAUAUCACUCCUCCUGACAUCCACAUGGAAAGCUAUGGCACUGAGAGCAACCAGAGCAGACUGACCUCCACCACGACAGUGUACCAGGCUGAGGUGGACUCCAUCUCCUCUUCCUGGAAGGUUGCAGACAAUGAGAGUCCAGUCAAGAAGAUGUACUACUCUGUGGGGACUUACCCCCACGGGGAGGAUGUCCAGCCCAGGACUGAGGUGGACAUCCUGCUGACCGGCGAGGGGGCGCUACCCACUGGCAUCCAACCUACAACUGAUGGAAAACCCAAUAUUCUGACUCUGACAGCUGAAAAUGAACUCGGAUUGUCCUCAAGCAUGAUCUCCCCCUAUCUUGUGGUUGACAUCUCAUCUCCAACAAAGGGAACACUGACAUGUCCAAGCUUUAUUCAGCCGAGGUCUGCAGUGGAGUGCACAUGGACAGGGUUCUACGACGCAGAGAGUCAGGUUGUAGAGUUUGAGUUUGCUGUUGGCUCCCAUGAGGGGCUGGAGGACAUCAUCACUCCUGUCAAGCUGCCGGGACAUGCCGCAAAAUAUGUGGUUUCAGGCUUAGCUGAUAAGGUGACCCACGGCCAGAGAUACUAUGUCAAGGUCAAGGCCAUCAACCAAGUAGGAAUGACGUCAUCAAGCAUCUCCAAUGCAAUCAACGUGGACACCACACCACCAGCGCCGGGCACUGUGGUGGAGUUGAAGUCUGCCUACAUCAUCAACGUCACCGACGAGAUCAUCACCGAGAAACUGAACACCUACAAGUGUGACACAGAGGAAGACUGCCUAGCUAUAGACGCUGUGUGCCAGGAGUCUCUGUCUGCUGUCAACGUGGCCUGGCAGACCUUCAACGAUGAAGAAACAGAGAUUGUCAAGUACGAGAUAGCUGUUGGCACUUCACCUGGAGGGGGACAACUGAGGGGGUUCUUUGAGACUGAUGAAGUCACAAAGAGAUACCUGUCGGUCACAGGCUUGAUCCUGAAGGGGGUGAGACAGAUAUUUGUGACGGUGAAAGCUACCAAUGGAGCUGGUCUCAGCACAAUAUCGACGUCUAACGGUAUCUACAUGUCCUACCUCAGUCAAGGCUUGGAACCACUCACUCAUGUUGGAAUCUGGGAUGGUGAAAGCCAUGAUGGUGAUCUUGAUUUCCAGACAAGUCUGUCCCGUAUGGGAGCCAAGUGGGACGUGUCAGGUGACCCGUGUCCGGUGGUCAAGUACGAGUGGGCAAUACAAAGGGCUGACGGGCUGAGGGUGCAGGAAUACUUCGACACAGAAGGAAGAACUCAUGGCGUCAACGACCAACUGGCCAUGCAAAACAUGGAACGCUACUAUCAGUACCUACGUGUGACCAACGCCAUGGACUACACCUACACCAUCAGAUCGAACGGCAUCACCAUCGAGGAUGACCCCCUGGUGCCUGGACAGGUCAGUGAUGGCGAUGUCAUUGGAUUUGACCUUGAGUUCCUCCGAACUAGAAGUAAAGUCAGCGGCAACUGGGACAAGUUUGGUAGCGAUGGCAACGCUGACGAGGUAUCAGCUGGAAUAAAAGCAGAUAAUGUUCCUGAAGAGGAGAAAGAGAAAUCUUCCAACCAAGAAGUCGCUUUCUAUGAAGUUGCCCUUGGAACCGACCGCCGUUUCCCCAAAACACGUGACAACGUCGUGCCUUUUGUCAACGUUGGCCUUAACAAAACUGUGACCUUCUACGACCUUGACCUCACCCCAGUCACGGCAAUAUAUUACUUCACGGUCAGGGCACAUAGCCGUUCCGGGUCCAAGGCGGACGUAACUUCCAAUGGCUUCUCUGUUGGCUUUGAUGGAGGCGUCUCUGUGGGUAUCAUCGACAUGAAAGAAUUUGUCAACACUGACACCUAUGUAGAUGUACCUUGGGAUGGGUUCGAAUCCAAGAUCGGCAUGAUGAUGUACUACGUCGACUGA